AUGCUGCCUCCUGGUCCCGAUCUACCAUUUUCAACACAGAUCUUUUACGUACCAAAACAUGUCCUCUCUCUCUCUGCAAUUUCUUCCACCCUCAUCAAAAGGACCUGGACCCCAUUUUACUCCUUCAACUCCACCACCACCGCUAAAGCCCCACCAUUGCUACUUAUUUCCCAGUACAGUUCAAUCAUAAUCUCACUCAGAAACCAAAAUCCCACUUCCCUCUCUGCUCUUUUGCUACCUAAUAAUGAUCCUUUCAAGAGUCCCCCUGAGCUUCCCAAGCUACCUAAUCAUCAACCUUUACCUACUGUUCCAUUGGAGGUCCCUCAGAUUUCCACUACUCCUGAGAUUGACCCCGCUAAUCCUCCACCCUAUGGUCCAGACCCUGUACCCGUGCCUGGACCCGAAUUCCCAAAACCGGCGAUACCACCACAACCGGAUCCCGGACCGGAACUCCCUAAACCACCAAUACCGCCACGUCCAAACACACAGCUGGACCCCGGACCGGAACUCCCAAUACCGUCACGCCCGGAUCCCGAUAUCCCACUUCCAAAACCGGAUGUAGUGCCCCUGGAUUAUAUUCCACAGAGGCCACAGGCAGGAACGGAACAGAAUUUGAACUUGAGGGCCAAAGCAUGA